UUGAAGAUUGCCUUCAAGCAUUAAUUCCCUGCAAGAAAGCUACAUUAAAAUUGCAGACCGAAGAUUUGGUACCUGGUGACGUUUACGGAACCUGGAUGGAGUGUAAACUCCUAACAGGAGAAGUGAAAACAAAUUUUGCCAAAAAAUUAGUGGACGCAAUGGAAGAUAGAGAAAUUAAUCUGUUAAAUAAUGAGGCACUUCUUGCCUCAUUAUGUCUAGAUCCGAGGUAAUUAACUGUGUUGAGUGCAGAAAACUCCAUCGAAGCAAAGAGUAUUCUCAUUAGGGUGUGGAAUACCUUACACAGAACGUCAUUUGAGCUUAGGGGGAUAUCUUCUCUCAAUUCGACAACAUCCAGUGAAACGAGCCAGGUGAUGGAUGUGGCAGAGGACGAUUUACUUGAGUUAUUACUAAAAAGGAAAGAUGCUGAGCGCCAAAUUAGAAUCGCAAGUGGGAAUUGUCCAAUAGAAAGAUUGUUGGAUGACUUUCUGAAAAUUCCCAGAAUUCCAAAGAACGAAAACCUUCUGGAGUACUGGGAAACUAAAAAAGAUUUGUUUCCUGAACUGUACUCACUGUCCAACAUUGUUCACGCGGCCCCUAUGACUCAAGUUAGUGUGGAAAGAUUAUUUUCGAGUAUGAAAUUUAUUUUAUCAGAUUUGCGCACUAACUUGAGUCAUGACAUAUUAGAUGACAUUUUGCUUGUGCGCAGUAACAAAGAACUGUUAUUGGAAAAAGAAGAAACUUUCGUUCAAGAAAAAAGAAGAAGGGUAGAAUUAACACCGCAAUCAGAUGAAAGUGUUUGCAGUGAGAGCACAGGUAGUAGCAAUACGGAACUAAUGAUAGAAAAUUAAUUAAUUAUUAAUUUAAUUAAGUGGAGGGACCAGUGAAAUUUGAACCCUUCGAUAAUUACGUUGUUAACUAAUUAAAUUUUAUUUAAUUCUUCGAAGCAUAUUAUAAUUUAAAAUACCAAAUUUUGUUAAAAAAAACAUUAACCACCCAUAAACAAUAAAAAUUUAGAUGGGUUAAAAUUUCACCGGUCUCUCCUCUUAAUUGUACACUGAGAAAACGAUUUAUUUCAUGCAAAUAAAUUUUGUUUGAAU